AUGUACAAAGGGAAAAGAAAGUACAUUGAAAUUUGGCAGAAAGUUGAAAUUGCUGAAUUUUACAUUCAACACCAAAAUGAGAUGAGCAUGAGAGAUGUUGCUGCAAAGUUUCAUGUCAACUCCUUUAGCUCGAUUUCCGAAUGGGUGAAUAAGCUUGAUGAGUUGAAGAAAUCAGUAAAAUCUGAUAAAAAAUUAAAAUUAGAAAGCUUCACUCAAUUUCCAGAGCUAGAGAAAGAACUAGUUCAUUGGUUUACUGCAAUCCGUGAGCAAGGUAUUCAGGUUCUCAGAUCAACGAUUGAGGAGAAAGCAAAAAGUUUGGCGGCAGAAUGGGAUUGGCGCGAUUCGGCUGUGGAGAUAAAUGGUGGCAAGGAUUUAGGACCAGAAAUAAUUUAUCUUUCAGAAAAAUCAAUGCCUCAAGCAUUAAGCCAAUCGAAAAAGAGGCAGAACUUGUCAGGCAAUACCUAG